UGAAGAUUUGUCUCUUUUUUUUGAUGAUGAACUUAAAAAUAAUGAUAUGAGGAGUGAUAAAACUGAUGAAACUGAAGAAGAGUGUGAAGAAGAAAAUGUAAUAAGCUUUGAUACACCUAAUUUAGAUAAUAACUCUAAGACCACUUCUUGA